AUGAGUACCAACAGCGAUUUCACCAUCGAAGGAGCGCGACGCAGUCGCAUCUCAGACAGCACGCGUCUCGGAUACUUGUCCGGCAUUAAGAAGGUAGUCAACUGGGCUGUCAUGACAGGGAAGCCAGAGCUCCUGAUGCCAAGCACCGAGCAUGAGGGUCGCAUGACCUUAGAUCUGCAUGCGUUUGCGAAUGAGAACUUUUUGGAGUUCAUUGUCUGGACUGUUCGGGAGCGAGAUAUUGGCCUGGGCAUCCUAAGAGGCUACCGAAGUGCAGUCAAGAGUUUGUACAUCGAUCAAGGUGUUGCUCUCCCUGAGCCAUACGAUGGGGACAUGAAGUUUUCGGUGUUUGAGCAUCUCUGCGCGGCGAGCAUGGGUCUGCCCGAUUGCGGAUUUAUGCAUCUCUAA